UCCGUCAGUCAAUGAUUAUCGAUUCAAACCACCGAUUCAAAGUUCAACGUAUAACCAACCACCUGAAGAGAAGAUGACUAAAGAAGGAGCAUCAUGUUUCUGAAAGCAUUUUCCUGCAGAAUUUUGGCCUCUUUUCCUCGCAGGAAGCCGCUCUGUGCGCAAUAUGCGGCUCUUGSACAUCCCAAGCGGAGCUACUAUAACGCCGGGAAACCUGGGUGCGCCGGACCCGGCGAGGCGGCUCACGUCCGGGUGGUGGAUCUCCGCAGCGACACGGUGACCAAGCCGGGGCCGGCGAUGCGCCAGGCCAUGGCUCAGGCCGAGGUCGGAGACGAUGUGAUGGGGGAGGAUCCGACAGUGAACGAGUUGCAGAAACUUGCAGCAGAAAUGUUUGGGAUGGAGGCCUCCCUGUUCGUCCCCUCAGGAACCAUGAGUAAUCUCAUCGCAGUGAUGGUGCACUGCAGGGAGCGCGGCGACGAGAUGAUUGUGGGGGAUCUCUCCCACAUGCACAUCUACGAGCAAGGAGGAAGCGCUCAGUUUGUGUUUUUCCUCCUACCAGCCCUGCUCGACUGCGCUCCCUCCCUGUUUGAUGUGGACAUGUCRGCUGUGGAGACAAACAUCCUGCGUUUCAGAAUAAAGGAUCCUGCCUUGAGUCCCCAGGAGGUCUGUGCCCGCAUGGGUCAGGUCGGGGAGGGGGAAGAGGCGGCUCUGGGGCAGGGAGUCCGGGUUCUCAUGUUCCCUCAUUAUGGGAACUCCAUCAGGGCGGUGUGGCAUCUUGGAAUAUCCCCUGAAGACACCCAGCUGGCUAUCAAGAAAAUGCAGUUUGUGGCUUGUCAGCACUUGAACAGUAGAACCUGAACGUCUGAAUAAUAACACUAACUACAUAAUAUUAAAGGAAUAAUCUUGACAAGGGCUCAUAUGUGCUAAAAUAUACAACUGGAAGAUCUUUGGAUGUUGAGAUUUAGUUUCUUUCAGUGCAACAGUUUUCUUAUUUUUCAAUCAAUUUGAUCUUCACCCUUUUCUCUUUUUUUGAUUUUGAAAUAUUAAGUUACRCAAAGAUUUUUAGUAUGACUAAUAAAACAUUUAUACAUAUGUAUGUAUAAUUGAUAUAAUUGAUUUGCUGUAAUAAUUUCCUUUAAAGUAAAUCAGCUUAAUAGAAAUAA